AUCCCUUACGUGGGCAAUUUUUAGACAUUCUUUAACAUAUAAUUUAUUUAUAAGCAUUUAUUUCUUACCUCCCUGUAUCGUAGGACCUGGCAGUAAGAACGUUUUAAUGUUGUAUAUAAUGUAAUAUAUUUCACUAUCACAUGACAGUUGCAAACAUUCAGACACACGUUCUUUUGAGGCGCCUAAACGACAAAUUGGUUCAGCAUAUUAAUUACGGUAAACAAUGAAUUUAAUGUGUCUUUUUGUCUCUUGUAGAUGGAGUUCUUAUGAAACUACUAACUGUGCAAGGGUAAGAAGAAGCGAGUAGCGUUGUGCUAAUGAAAUAUUUCCUGGUGACUGUUUAUAUGUAGAUUUGUAGGCCCCGUAGUCUUGGGGGCAGGACAGUGUUUAAACUAUUGCUGUUAAUCCGUCAUGUAACAAUCCACAAGGAGAAUAUUUGACCUCAAUGCCACGCUACACCACAUAUGAAUCCUACUUCGCGGAACAGCCGCGGCAAAUAUCUUUACGCCAAAAAAAGUAGUAUAUAUACAUAUAUCUGGUGAAUUGAAUCAGAGGUUUGCUUCCUCUCUACAUGUGCUGUAGCGAGUACUGUACCAUGGAUCCUGUAAAAGUUGUUCUGCUAUUCCUAUCGUUUACAUCAUCGUCUGCAAGUUACCCUGCAGUUAAUCUUAUUAUCACCACGAGUAAGAAACCUGCAAGUGUUUAUUGUCCCAGAAAGCUUUCGUUUGCUAGAACAGAUUCUGCUUCUAACGUGCAAGUUUCAUCCAAGUUUGACGCCGUGUUUUAUUGUCAACUGUUGUAUGAUAAUUUGACGGUACCGACUACGGACUACCAUGUUUCAAUGAUUCCUUUGUUUAACUCAUCCCUCGUUGGAUGCAAGUCUCUGGAUAAUUGUCUAUCAUUGCGGUUGAGACAUGCUCCCACUGAACAGGUUGAAGUUCAUGUCCAAUCGCACAAGAGCUGUCUUCGUGCUUUUCUUUCCUUUAAAUAUGAACUGCGGAAAGCGAACACACUACUUUAUCAUGGAUUAACAGAUAUAACCGUCGGAAAGAACCCACCAAAACCCAGCUAUAUAAAGUUUAAGUACAUAAAAGACGAACUGUUUUUAUCCAGUAAUCUCGAGCCGUUGUGUCGGGAGGACUUAACGUCUGCGGAAUAUUUUUUAUCGCUGGAAGCUUCGAGUGAACGUUGUAGAAAUAGUACGGAAUUGAAAUGCAAUGUUUUCAACAAAAACGAAAAAUACGAAGUUCUUUGUAAGUUUUUGAGAAUGUGCCCCAGCGAAUCCAAGUGCAAUGUAAAAAUCUUAGCCUUUAUAUACGGCACAAACAGAUACGGUGUGAAUAUGGACGUGACCAGCCCGAAGUUUCACAGUUUACUUGCCUUUGCUGAUGCGAAGUCUUUAUCAUUACAAGUGAUUAAACCAUCUACAAACAGCAUUACUGUGUCAUUCCGCAAACCAGUCGAUUGUCUCUCCACCUUGUCUCAUUUACACUACAAAGUAAGAUACAGCGAAAUAAACAAUAAUGCUGAAACAGUGAUGAAGGUACAUGAAGAAUGCAUGGCAAGUUUGGUGUGUAAUGUUACCAUACCAGGUUUAUAUUCAAACACGACGUAUCAAGUGUGUAUACAGUAUCAUGCUUAUUUUGAUUACGCUUCCACUUACACUCCACCACUGUGUAUCACCACAUCCACUGGAUUGCUGCCGUGCACCAGUUCUAAUUUUUAUAAUCUAACGCAUAUGGAAUUGAACCAAACGCACUAUCGUGCUUUAAUUAGGGUUCAGCCAUUACCUGCAGAGUGUUGGAACAGUUUGAGUUAUUAUUAUCAAGUACAACUCUCCUCCACGGUGGAUGGGCGAAAAAAGAUUAUUUUACAAUCGAACCACUCCACUAUAUUGAUGCCUUUAUUACGUUCGAGUUCCUACUACGUAGUGGUAUCUGCCUGCAACCUGUAUGGCUGUCGACUUGGUGCACGUAGCGACCUCAUAAGCAACUAUUUUAGUCAAAACAACAGGAAAACAGAAAACUCGCAAGUUGUGGUGGAGACUGUGUUGAUGUGUGUGUUUUCAGUUCUCUUUAUUUUUUUCUCAACCUUGCUUUAUUAUGUUCUGAGGAGGACGAAGAAUUUACCAAGGUUAAGAAGGAUACAACGCGAGGACAUUCGUUUGGUGACCUUACCUGUAGAAAGGUCUUCCUUCAGGGACACUCUUAUUCCCCAGAACAGUACUCUUGUAUAAAUGGUUUUCAUAUAGUCUCUACUUUUAACUGAAUGAGUGGUAAAAUAACAAAAAUCGAGUUGAUGCCACUAGAUUUCUAGAUAAAUUUACUCAUUGUUAAAGCUUACCUCCUGCAAAAAAUGAAUCCUGAAAAAAGGAAUCCUGAAUGUUUUAGUUAUGCGAAUUAUACAUAACAUCUCGUAUUUCAUAUAAACGAGAUGCUUUUUAGGUUUAUCAAGACAUAUGUUGAUGAAAAUAUGUUUUCACCUCUCCAGUUUGAUAUUUUUAACAUUUAUAUUUAGUUAUCAUCAUUAUACAUGCCAGCAAUUGUUUUUCAAUUUUUAAAACUUAUGAUGUCAUAAGUUCGCUUAAACUUUCAAAACGUAUAUCUUAGAAAACAAUAAGGAUUUUUUUCAUAUGAAACCAUCUUGUUUUUUUUUUGCGCCAAAAAACUUUGAUAUAGAUUCUGUUUGUUGUUAAAUACAAAACGCAGUAUUUGCAGGAACAAAAUAAGAAAAGUCUUGUUUAGAAAACGUGUGAGAAUUUUAGUUUUUCGGAGUGUUGUCAUACUGAAAUUGGAUAGUAAAUUAACUGUCGUCUGUAAGGUCCUUGUAUAUUCAUUCUUUUGAAUGCUCUAGAUGUCAUUGAUAGGAAUAUGAAAAUAGCAGAGGUGCUGUUGGCAUUAAAGUCACAAAUGGAAUUUUCUUGAUCAAUUUUUAGUAAAACUUAUCUAAAGCUUCGUUUUAAUACCAAAGACCAUGCGAUAUUUUUUGCAAGUUUCAAAAUUCACGGAAAGCUACCAUCUUUACUAACUCUGCGCAUGUGCAUGUACGUUUUCCCUGCGUUCGUUUUGUGUUUGACAUUUGACGUCUACAGGAUUUCUUAUUGUAUAUAUUACGUAAUAUAUGUGUUGUAAAUUUUAUUGUAUAUACCGAAAAGAGUUAUGUUAUGAACAGUAUUUAUAUAAAAAAACGUGCUAUUAUUUUUAUUGUGAAUACUUGCAUUUAGUUGAAAAUUAUACUUAUGACAAGACAGAAGAUUCAACUUAAACGCUUUUUAGCGUUAUCAUUUCUAUUUAUGAACACUUGUGUAAUUUAAUAGCGUAACUUCUCUUAUAGCUAUAAUGAACAAAAUUCUGCAAGAAUGAAUAUAUUAUUUAAAUUCUACCUCACCCACAA